ACCAUGCUUAAAGACGACACUCUGCUUCUUAUACCAAAUGUUUUGAAGGUGUUUCUGGAGAAUGGACAGAUCAAAUCAUUUACGUUUGACAGCCACACCACUGUUAGGGAUGUGAUGUCGUCACUGCAGGACCGCCUCUCUCUACGCUACAUCGAGCAUUUUGCUUUGGUGCUGGAGUCCAGUGGACUGGCACAGAACCAGAGGUUGCAUCUGCUCCAGGAGAACCAGCCACUGUCUUAUGUAGUUCACAGGACAUACUUCCAGGGAAUGAAGUGUCUUUUUCGCAUCUGCUUCUUCCCGAAGGACCCUGCUGACUUACUGAGGAGAGACCCUGCAGCGUUUGAGUACCUCUACAUACAGAGUCGCAAUGACGUCAUUAAAGAACGCUUUGGGAUGGAUUGGAAGUCUGACAUCACACUUAGGUUGGCAGCUCUCCACAUCUACAUCACUGUGUCAAUAGCGAGACCCAAUCAGAAGAUUUCUCUCAAGCAUGUUGAGAAAGAAUGGGGUUUGGAGCCUUUCCUUCCUUUGACGCUGUUGCCAACUGUCAAGGAGAAAAAUGUGUGUAAGACUCUAUCACAGCUGUUGAAGACAUAUCAGCAUCCUCCACCAGCUGGUAACAAGCAGGUUUCUCCUAUCCAAGGAAAACUACAGUAUAUGCGUGUCUUGAACGACCUUCCACCAUUUGGAGGCUUCUUGUUUCACACAGUUGGCCUGGAUGAGAAGCAAUCAGCCACUACAUUGUUAGUAGGGCCAAAACAUGGUAUUAGUCAUGUGAUUGACCUGAAGAACAACCUAACAACAGUCUUAGCAGAGUUUAGCCGUGUAGGCAAAGUCCAGCUCUUCAGAGAACAUCAUGGGGUAGCCCGCAUUGAGGUUGUUAUUCUGGAAGCAAAGCCCUUGGUCUUGUUAAUGGAGUGGCCAGAUGCAUCAAACUUUGCCUGUUUGAUCUCUGGCUAUUACAAGCUCUUUGUGGACCCUAAAAGGACCAUCUACUGUAGGAUACCUGGCCAGCCUCAUAUGAUCAAGGCAGAUUCCAGAAGCUCCCAUGUUUAUUCCCGCUCUGGAGCCACUGUGUUAAGUGGGAGUCGGAGAGAAGAGAGAGAGGGGUCGUCCAGAGAGGCGGCGCAGAAGACAUCGGCACCACCCAUAUCUCAGCACCUUGGCCUGUGUCACAUCCAUUUAAAAGAGCAACAACAGCUGCAAGAGCUGCAGAUACAGGAAGAGCAGGAGCUUGACAUUAAUGAGAACCUUAUCAUGCAGGUGCAAAGUCGUUCAAGCACAAAGUCUGACCCCACUCUAAAGAGCACUGAAUCAGUGGCUAAACAAGUCAGUCCAGCCGAUGACAGCUCAAGUUUCAGGGGCAGGGCCAAAACAAUGGAGCCGUCAAGGUUUUUUUGCGACUCUUGCAAGGCAAAACUCCAAGCUGAAGGUUUGAUGUCGGACGCUGGAGAGUUUGGGAAGCUCAUUUUACAGCAGUGCACAAAUUCUUGUGCUUCUCGUGAAGGGGGGGCUGUUGAUCUCAUUGCCUUACCGCUCCCUGGGAAUGAGGAAGAUGAGGAGGUGGAUGAGGGUGGAGGAAAGUUGCAGCCUCACCCUCCUGCCAUUGCAGCACCACCCCCGGGGUUUCGUGAUAACAGCUCUGAUGAAGAUGACCCAAAAAAGGGUCGGAAAGGAAUCAAAGCCUCUGCUGCUGCAGCAGAGGGUCAAGAGGACGUUCCUGUGACACUGAUUGACACUGUGGCCACUAGGACGGUUCAGGACCAUGCUCAGGAGUUAGAUGAUGCAUUAGUGUCCACUCUCCAGGCACUGGAAGCACUCGCUGCAUCUGAGGACUACCCACAUCAUCACCAGCAGACAGCACAGACAGCAGGGUUGAUUGUGCUUGCUGCCAUUACCCCUGAAUCAUCCCUAGACUCUAGGCAUGAGACAAAUUCAUCAGAGCUAACUGAUGUGUCUGAGAUGGUGUCUGCCAUGAAACAGCAUCAGAACCAGGCAUAUCUUCUUGCCCACCACAUCAACAAAGAACGACUUUUCAGUCGACGAGACUUCCCCUUGACAAUCCCUGGCUGUACCACACAAGCAAUUGGGGGAGGGGCUUUUUCGAUGAGUCAGAUCCAUGGUGGGUAUUCACCAAAGCCUGUGAUCUUAAGUAAGACUCUGCCCUUGAAAGUGUGUCCCAAUCAAGGGACUGGCCCCGCUGUCAACUCUGUGGAGCAGGGCAAGAGCCCUGAAGAAGCAAAAAGAGAGAGGGAUAUAGAAAAACUGGAACCAGACCCUGUCAAAGAGUGCUUGGUAGAGUCUAAACAACAGACAUCUGAGAAACUCAAAGCAUCAGAACAAACCAAUGUGGGGUGUGCUCCCCAGGUCAUCAAAGAGAAAUUACCUCCUGCUAAUGAAGAAAAACUGAGCUCCAAUACCUCCAAAGGUGUCCAGGAAAAACAUUCUGGGACAGCCACCCUUGAAAUGACCAGCAUAGCCUUACCCGUCCUCUUGCCUGUGGAUAGAACUGCAUCUGCUUAUAUUUGCAAGACAAAUAUGUGCCAAGAUGCCGAGACUGCCUCAAGUGAGACCAUAAAGCCUUCAAGUUCAAAGGGCCUUCUGCCAGCUGCUGACUUGUUCUGCACAUGUCCAGUACGGCCAGAGCCUGGCCCACAGGUGCGUCUGAAAGAUCCACAGGCCCAAAAGGUGGUAGUGUUUCAUUCAUCCUCUCCCACAGACGAUGAGCAUCUCCAUGCCAAAGGACUUCAGUUAGCCUGUAACAUAGAGAGUACAUCGAAGACACCUGAUUCAAGCUUGGCUAAGCCUAGCACCCUGCCUACAACUAAGAACUCGCCAGUUAUGCCUGCUAAAGUAGAAUGGAAAGAGAUGUCUGAGGUAAAAGCAGAGAACUCCCAGAGUAAAGCCCCUGUGGAACCACAGUUAAUUGCUAAAAGUUUGCCUGUUCUGGUAGACCCAACACAUGUAUCGAGCUGUGUGGAAAAGGGUGCAACUAUACCAGGAGCAGAGUAUAAAAAGCAUGAUAGUAACAAAUCCAAAUCCCAGCGUAGUAUUCCAUUCCUGAGUUUUAGGAAUUUAAUUUCAGCCACUUUCCCAGCACGUCUCCGACGAGAGACAGAUGAGCGCCGUGCACAGCUCCAGAAGGUCAGGCAAUAUGAGCUGGAGUUCCUGGAGGAGCUUUUAAAACCCAAAACAUCACAAGGAGAGUUCUUACCACAGGGAUCUUCUCCUGUCCCCUCCUCAACCCCAUGUGCCUGCCAGCUGCGUACAAGUCCUGUACAGAAGGUUCCAGGGAUCUCACGAGAACAGCGUCGCAGCUGUGAUUGUAAGCGGAUGUGCCGGGGGAUGCGUCUCCCAGAUACAGCCGUUGGUUCUGCAAUGGAGCAGAGAGGAAGAGAGAGGGCCAUCUCAAAAACACCCCCAUCAGUCACUAAGUCUCCACAUGCUCACGGAGAAUUACGGAAACCUCAGACUUUAGAAAUCAAAACCACUCGAAUCCGCUCCACAAGCCUAGAGUCAAGGGAACCCAGAGAUACUCCCACAUCAUGUUUGCCAACAUGCACCACCAGGUCAGAAUGUAUGAGUGCACCACAGUACAAAAAGCUACAAAGGAGAUAUAGUAUAGGGGAGAUUGAUAACAAUGAAAGCACCCCCCUAUAUGCUGAGGUCAAAACUACAAAAGCAAAGAGUUUGGAGAAAGAAAUGGAAAGAGUCAGAGCCACUGGACUUAGACUCCCAACUCCAGUGGAGCCUGUACAUGCUAAAGAUGGGGAGGCCAAAAAUAAGGGGAUAUUUUUUAUACAAGGAGAGGAGCUUAUUCAAGAAACUCGUGAGGGUACCACUGAGGUUCUAGGAUUGCCAAGUGAAGAUAAUGAAGACAGGGAAAAAUGCUGCUCCUUUUGCUUCUGUUAUCGCAAGUGCGAAGCUGCUGAUGAGAGCAGUGAAAAAGAUGAACUGUCUUAUUCCAUCCCCUUGCAGGUCUUGCCUGGAAUGCAACUAGACUCAAGGGCAAUGACAGUAGUCAGCAAAACUCUUCAGGUACUUGAUGCGGAGGACUGCAGUGGGGAAGAGGAGGAGGAAGAAGAGGAGCAGCAAACACAGAGGAUUGAUCUGCGGGCACCUGGGAACCUGGAAACGAGCUUGGCAAGAGUACAAUCCUUACAGGGCAAAACAUUCUCGCUACCUGAUGGAUUCUUAAAUGCACAAAUUGAUGCCAAUGAGCUGCUUGCAAUUUUAAGGCAGUGUGCCAAUAGUCCCCAAAUAGAGGGUGAACCUCGUAUUCCACCUGCAAGACUGGCAGAGUACAAGCAAGAACUUUCAGUCCGUUUUAAAGACUUCAGGGCAUCAUGCAGACGAGUGGCGAGUGUUGAGAAAAGUCCAUCACGAAUGCUAAGUGCUUUCACAGCCAGCUUCCAGGUGCUGUGUAACCUUACUCAAACAUUCAUUAGGCUGGUAAGGGGUGUCCGCUCUGAAACUCAAAAACUACAGCUUUUACGUAAAGUAGAGGAGGUAGCUGUCAACUAUACCCUUCUUCUCCGGGCUGCUGAAGAAGCAAUGGGACACUUAAGUAGCCUCCCCAAUAAGGGUGUGAGUCCUCAACUCCAAACCUCCACUAAUAUGGGCUCUCUUAAUCGCUCCAUCAAAACCUUGCCCAGCAAGUAAUGACUCCAUUUCGGCACAUGGAAUCGUAGGGCAGGCCAGAAAGACAAACUUGGGCAAUGUGACAGGACUCUCCUGAUUAUUCAUUAGUUUACAUAUUUAUUGGCCUAUCUGUUAGGUCACUGCCUGCUAAAUUCCAUAAUUGCAUAACUAUAUACUCUAAUAUUAUUAUAAAGGGUUGUGCCAACUAGUACCCCCAGAUGAUCUUUGUCACCAUAUAUGUGCACAGGAAAGAAAAAAAAUACAUUAAUCCUGUGCCGUACAGAUGAUCAACAGGGCUGUACACUCAUGUCCUUAGAAAAAGAGAACUGUGAAAUGGACUUAGUUUUUUGUACGUUUAAUUGUUCCUAUAUUUUAAUCAUAAAAUGACUGUCUUGGGAAGGGCUGGUGGGGAUGGGGAGUGUCUGGGUUAUUCUGUAUCUAAAAAAUGGUUUAUAGAGUAUAUUAUAGAAAAAACAAUAUUAUCAUUAUUGCAAUUACAAAUAUUGUAGAGAAAUUAUACCAACAUCAUAUGAAAUAUGUGCCCUGAGGGUGGCAAAAUAUAUCACAGAGAAAAUUAACGAUUUAACAGUAACAGAUUUUGUAAAUUAAGUAGAGAGAAAUGGCUAUUUGGUUAUAUACUUGUUUUUCCAUUUUGAUUGUUGUGACAUGAAAUACUCCCUUUUCACAGUAUCACAUUCACACUGUCUGGAUUUGUAUCUCUGCAAGAGUCUAAAUUGGCACAUUUUUAAUGAAUAUUUAUGAACACAAGAGCCCACUAACAAGGUAGUGGAAGGCAACACCUGCUCAGGGCAGACAAUGUAGCAGAUUCAAAUUCACUGGGAUAUCAAUUGAAAGAGGAUAGAGGUUGCGUUAAGACCAAGCAGAAAGAAAGGGCGCUCUUUGCUAAUGCACAAAACAAUAACCUUUAUCACUCUCACCUCCACAUACUGGACUGAACCAGCUCCAUACUUUAUGUAGUGGCAAACAUUGGCAACAUCAUUUGUAUUGGAGGAGUGUGGUGGGAUUCUGACAGCCUCAUAAGCCAAUGCUUGUGUAUAUAAAACAUUUUGCUGCCACAAAUAGCCUAUUUCCAAAUGCACUGUUAACCAACAUGUUUCAAAACACUUUCUGAAUAUUGAUUUAAUGUUUUAUCUCAUAAUUGGUAAUGUCCUUACUGACCUGUAGAAAACUUUAUUUUUGGAUUUUCAUGUGAUGUCAUCCAUUCACACCCCCAUACAACCAGAAUAGUUUUAUAUGUAUUUUAAUAAAACCAGCUGCUGUCUUAUGUCUGAAAACUUUUCUGUCUCCUCUUACGAUCUAUGAUUUAACUGAUUA